CGUGUGGUUAGUUGGCGCGCGGGGCCCCGGUGACUGGGACGGCCAAGACAGACGCUCCGUAUCAAAGAAGAGACAAGAGACAGGGCCAAACGAACAGGAUACGUUAUAAACGGAGCGACGACCACACAGUGACGACGACCACGACAAAGACGAUCGAAUAUCAAAGAAAUUUCUCUCUUUUUUUCCCCACUCGUUUCUUUCUCUUUCUCUCUCUCUCUCUUUUUUCUACGUUCGUACGCGUAAUUUCACUUCGACUUUCGAGAAUCAAAGUGCGCGAUCGACGAGCCGCGAGCUCGACCCACUCGAGCCACAGAUCCACGUUAAAUCCCCCCAAGGUGCCUGCAAUCGAGGAUUUCUAACGCCGGCACGGCCAUCGACGGACCGUAUUUACUCGUCUAACUAUUUGGAUAUUUCACCGCUCGCUUCAAAUUUGACGAGGAUCGUCAUCAGCGAGGGAAGGAGGCUAACGGUUGGAUGGUGCCGCGGGUCGGCGCCGUUUAAACCGACUCGAAGCGGAUAGACGAGAUUUGUCGACAAGCAACGAAAAGAAGCAAAGAACCGAGCGAGUCCUCGAUUUCUAAGGCGAGAGGGUGGCGCGCCACCCGAGAAAUUCGCGGUAAAGGGAGGAGGGGCGAAGGCGACCCAACACCAUGCCGACGAUUUCGCGCCGAGCUUCACCCAGAAGCCGCAACUAAGGCAGGAGGACGAUGGGAACCGGCUGAUCUUCGAGUGUCAACUGAUCAGCGCGCCUAAACCCGAGAUAUCGUGGUAUCGAGGCGAGACAGAACUCAGCGCAGAUGCGAGGACCAAUUUCAGGAUGCAGAGCAUCGGGACGAACAAGUUCCUGGUCGUUCUGGAGCUCGACGACGUUAUCGAGACCGACGCUGGCCUGUACAAGGUCAAGGCCAAGAACAAGAUGGGCGAGGUCGCGGCUUCGAUCAACCUGAAUUUCAGCCCUGUCGACGAGCCUAGAGAGAAACAAAUCGAUGGAAUCGCGCCAACUUUUGCGAAGAAGCCUGCUAUCAGACAAGAAGACGACGGUAAACGAUUACUUUUCGAAUGUCGCAUCACGGCUGAUCCCACGCCAAAAGUAACGUGGUUUCACGAUGGAAGUUUGGUUAAAGAUUCGCCGAGGCACAAGCUAACCGUCGAUAAAGAUGGCCACUCGUACUUCGCGACCCUGGAAAUCAAAAACGUGACCGUCGAGGAUGCUGGUAAAUAUAAGGUCACGGCGAAGAACGAGCUCGGCGAAUCCAACGCCACUAUUUCCCUAAACUUCGAUAGCGACGAGGCGCCCGUACCUGACGACGGUAUUAAACCGACCUUCACCGAACGACCGGUGAUAAGGCAAUCCGACGACGGUAACACCAUCACCUUCGAAUGUCGAUUAGUCGGCGACCCGAAACCGAGUGUCAAGUGGUAUCACGGUAGCGAAGAGGUGAAAGAAGGAGGAAGAUACAGCAUGUCGCUGGAACUCGAUCAGAAGCUGUACCAUCUCGCGAGGUUAAAGAUCGACAACGUGGCGAAAGGCGAUGCAGGCGAAUACAGAGCCGUCGCGAAGAAUAAGCACGGCCAGGGUGUGGCCACCAUUAACUUGAACUUCGAGGGGGGUGACAAGCUAAAAAUACCAGACGGUAAACCACCGCGUUUCCCAAAGAAGCCAACUAUUCGACAAGAGGGAGACGUUUUGAUUAUGGAGUGUAUCUUGGAAGCUCAUCCGGUACCGGAUAUAACGUGGUACCAAGGCCAGAAAGCGAUCACCGACAGCAAACGCGUGAAGAUGUCACGCAAGGCAACGGGAAAGGACGCGUAUUUGCUCACGCUCGAGAUAUCGAAUCCGACGAAGGCCGACGGCGGAAAUUAUCGAUGCAACGCGUUUAACAACUUUGGCGAGAGUAACGCCAACAUCUCGCUCAACUUCCAAGAAGAAGGACCUGGUUUCGCGCCGACGUUCGUCGAGAAACCGCGUAUCAUUCCGAACGAAACCGGUACCUUGAUCACGAUGAAGUGCAAAUGCAAGGCGAAUCCAAAACCGGAAGUCACAUGGUUCCGUGGGACCAACGUCGUCAAGGAAUCUUCCAAGAUUUCGAUCAAGACGAAAACCGUGGAGGAAGACGUUUACGAAUUAAUCAUGGAGAUCAAGGAUCCUUCAGCACCGGAUGGCGGUACUUACAGAUGUCACGUGAAAAACGAAUACGGCGAAAGCAACGCCAAUUUGAACUUGAACAUCGAAGCGGAACCAGAACCUGAAGGCGAUGGUCCGACGUUUGUGGAGAAACCGCGUAUUCAGUCGCAAAACCAGGGUAAACUUGUGAUCAUGGAUUGCAAGGUAAAGGCAAAUCCAAAGCCCGAGAUUGUGUGGACUCACGCCGGCAAGGUGGUGAAGGAGUCUUCGAAGAUCUCGAUCAGCGUCGUUAAAGAGAAGGAGGAUAUCUAUUAUAUCAAAUUGACUUUGAACGAUCCUGGCCCAGAAGACUCGGGCUUGUACAAGUGUAAUAUCAAGAACGAUCUUGGCGAAUUGAACGCCAAUCUGACGCUCAACGUCGAGAUUAUACCCGUGAUCAAGGAAAAGCCAAAGGUCAUAAAGAUCGUGAAGAAGAAGACGGUCAUUGUAGAGUGCCACGUGCUUUCCAAGUUUACGCCAGAUUGUACUUGGUUCAAAGAAACGAAGGCCGUGAAGGAAGACACGAGGCACAAAGUUCACAUCGAGCAAGUGAAAGACGGAGAAUUCGCUGUCAAGUUAGAAAUCGAGCAAGUAUCGGUUUCUGACAAGGGUGUGUACAAGUUAGUGGCUCGAAACGAGAAGGGAGAGGCAACGUCGCAGGUUGUAGAAGUGACGGAGAUUAUGGAAGAAGGAGAGAAACCGAAGAUUAAAUCCGGCUUGAAGUCUGCGACGAUCGAGGAGGGUAAAUCGAUCGAACUUGUCGCUAGCCUCUCGAAACAGGAUCGCAAAGUCACCGUUACGUGGUACAGAGAUUCCACGGUAGUCAAAUCCUCCAAGGACAUCAUGAUAUCUUUCAAUGGUACAGACAUGAAACUGACAAUCACGUCUGCCUCCACUUCGUACUCGGGAACAUACAAAGUAGUUGUUAGUAACGAAUUUGGUCAAGACGAAUCGUCGGCGCGACUAGUCGUCAAGAAAAAAGAAGAGAAGAAAGAGGAAGAAGAGGAAGAGAAGAAGGAGAAGAAGGUUGAAAAGAAAGAAGAGAAGAAGGAAGAAAAGAAAGAAGAGAAGAAGGAAGAAAAGAAAGAGGAAAAGAAGGUAGAAAAGAAGGAAGAGAAAAAGGAAGAAAAGAAAGAAGAGAAGGUAAAAAGCUCGAUCUGGUACGAUGACAAAAAAACCGUUCCCGACGAAGAAGAGGAAGAAGAGUACGAGGAGGAGGAGGAGGAGGAGGAGGAGGAGGAAGAAGUGGUGAGUGUAAUCGAGUCCAGCACCGCGGAGCCGAUUAUCGAGGAACCAGACUCGGAAACAAUUUCACAAGUAGAGGAUAUACCCGACAACAGACAGAACGGUAUCGACAAACCCAAGAAGAAACUGGAAGUUCUACAGAAGAAACCAGAAGAGAAAGUCGAAGAAAAGAAGGAAGUUGAAAAGAAAAAGAUUGUGAAGAAAGCAGAAGAAAAGAAGGAGGAACUUAAAGCAGAAAAAACGGUAUCUCGCAAGCAGUCUAUUAGUAGAGUAGAAGAAAUACGAACAGAAAGUCGAAGAAGUUCUUUGGUAGCAACAGAAGAAAAGAUGUUCGAAGACGGCCGCAUAAUACCGCGUCGCUUAUCUAUGCAAAAGAUGGAAGCAGAGGUCAUGUCAGAAAGCAGGCGAUCUUCCAUCGUUGAAAAGAAGGUGACGACAGAAAAGGCAGAUAGAGAGACCCCGAAGUUUAGACCUACGCUAACACCAACACAACACGUAAAGAUCGCACCGAGAGAUAGUAUUAGAUAUUACGAGCCCGAGCCUGACGAUGAUAUCGAGGAUAUUUGGGCUUCAGUGCCAAGAGAGCCGGAAAUAAGAUCCAUUAGAAAAAGUGAGGACACGCUAAAUGUAAAAUAUUCGUCACUCGUCACACGCGAAUUCCCUGAAAAACCAAGCAUCGAGGAACGAUCACAGCCAGAUUAUAUUAAAUAUAAAAUUCCUGAGGAAUCUAACGUCAAGGAAAAAUCACGACCGGAGCAUACCGAACGCGACGAAUUACCAGUUCGUAAAUACGAGGAUGUUCCAAAGUCAUUACACGAGUCUGCACCACGAACCCAUAGUACUAGUAAAGAUACAAUACACGAGGUUUCCACCGAUCCACGACCAAGCAUACCUGAAAGGAAAUUAAUUAGAAACAUCGAGGAUGAGUCACAGCCUAAAAUUAAUGUGCCAUUCAAAGAAUCGAAUGACGAAGCAGAGGAUGCUUGGCCAGAUAGACCAGGUGAUUUUGAAAUUGAACCCAUUAAGAAAGUUAAGGAUAUGCCAAAGAUUACAUCUAAACCGACUAUACAAGAGCCAAAUAAUGAAAUAGAGGACAUCUGGGCAGACAGACCACAAGAACCAGAAAUUAAAUCAAUUUGGAGAAAGGUGCCAGAAAAGACUAGCAUAGAUUUAUCACGGACACAGCACACAGUACCCGAGGACACUUGGAAAACAAAUUUAAAUGAAACAAAUGACAAACCCGAUACACUGAAAGAUAAAUCGGAAACGCCUUCGAUCGAAUCGAUUGACAAUAUAGAGGAGAAAGUUAAACCGAAAUUAAAAACAACCCGUAAAAAAGUCACGACGGACAAGAAAGAGGAAGCGAAACCAAAAUCUACCUCUCGCAAACUUGACGAAGCGAGCAAGAAAAAAGUACCGCUCACACGACGUAGGUCAUCGACAAAGUCAACAGAGGGGUCUAAGGACGAAGAACCUACGUUAGAUUCUAUACAAAAGGACAGUAUUUCCAACGGGACGAAGAAGCAGGAAGCCGUCACAAAAGCUAAAAUCGUUGGAAAGGAAGAAAAGAAGGAGGAACUCAAACCCACACCCAAAGUAGAAGAACCCAAGAAAACAGAGCCACCCAAAGCAAAGGUCACUCUCGGUAAACCCGAGGAGACUAAGAAAGAGGAACCCGUCGAAACGCAAACGAAACCCAAAACACCCGCUGGUAAACCCGAAGAGGCGAAGAAGGAGGAACCUGCUGUGAAACCUAAGGCCACACUUGGUAAACCCGAGGAGGCUAAGAAGGAGGAACCUGCUGCGAAACCUAAGGCCACACUUGGUAAACCCGAGGAGGCUAAGAAGGAAGAACCUGCCAUGAAACCUAAAACCACGCUUGGUAAACCCGAACUACCAAAGGUAGAGGAACCGCUCAGAAAAGUCAGCCUGAAACCUACGACAAAGAUCGAGGAGGAAGCAAAGACGUUGAACAAAGUAGAACUGAAGCCAGUGGAACCCAAGACGAACGUGGAGAAAUUCGGACUGCGUAAACCACCGAAAUACGAAAUUAAAGCCGAGAACUUUCAAUCUAUUCAACUUAAACCGGUUUCGAGGGAGCCAAAAGUACCUCAAAAACCUGAGAAUGGCGUUAUCGUUGAGUUGAAGAAAACUGAGAAGACGGAAAAGAUGGAAGCUAAGAAGACGAAAGUGAGAAAAGCCAGCAAGGACAAGGAUUACGAGCUUCCGGAGAUUCCAGAUUACGAGCGACCGGUUUUGGAGAAGCCGCAAGAAUUCGAAUUCGGGGAGUACGCGCCUCGAGAUAAGACCAAGUUGGACAGACCAACCACGCAGAAGUUCGAUUCCAAGCCAAAGGUGCCAGAGAUCAAAGCACCCGAAGCACCGAAGAUCGAAGUUAUCAAAGACGUAACGCCGGUUGGAAGCAGAAGGAGUUCCCUGAUACCCGGCAGCGGCACAACCAGUCGACGGGGAUCCUUGAUACCACCCGAAGAAUUGGGUCGCAGACCCAGUUUGAUUAUCAGUGACGAGGAGAAUAGAAAGCUGCGACCAGGCGAGGUGGUGGACGAGCGCAAGAAUAAAUCCGGCCGUCCUGGUGAACUGCAGGGGAAAGAGCGUCGUCGUCCGAGUGCGGACGUCAGAAGACCCAGCGUGGCGGACCUCGAGAAUAAGAUCAAUCAGCCGAGCACACCUCUUCGAGAUGUCGGACCACCGGGACCACCUCAAAUCGUCGAUGUUCAGGAAUCAUAUUCCGCCGUUGAAGAUUCGACGGCGUAUCUCACUGUUGGGGUGGAAGGUACGCCUGCGCCGACCUUCAAAUUCUACAAGGGUAUCACCGAGAUCAUCGAAGGUGGCCGAUUCAAGUUCCUUACGGACACAGAGACCAAUACGAUCACCCUCUGCAUGAGGAAGACGAAGCCCAACGACGAGGGCACAUACAAGAUCGUCGUGAGCAACAUCCAUGGCGAGGACACUGCCGAGAUGCAGCUCUACGUUUCCGACGCCAGUGGUAUGGAUUUCCGUGCUAUGCUGAAAAAGAGAAAGUACCAGAAAUGGGCGAGAGAAGAGCAAGAACAGGAAAAGGUAGACUUAAAGGAAGUCGAGAAACCUUUGCCGGCUUUGAAAAAGUUGGAGAAGAGUAGUGGAUCUCGUAGACCCUCUCUCGCCGAAUUAAUUCCCGACUGGCCGACCCUGCACCAUUUCACCAAGACGGAGAAACAGGAAAGUUUCCUCAAACCACUGGUGGACCAAUAUGCCAAGGAAGGCAAAGACAAGAAGGUGGUCUUCGAGGCGAACUUCUCGAAACCGAACUGCAAACCAAAAUGGUUCUUCCGAAAGGACGAACUGUUCCCUUCGUCGAAAUACAAGUUCAAGAACGAGGAAGAUUGUUAUCAACUGAUUAUUAUGAAUCCCAAGGUCGAGGAUACCGGGAAGUAUAAAAUUGAAAUUUCAGGUAUCUCCAGCACAGCUUUCCUCAACGUUGAAGAACCAGAUCCAACUUACACAUUCACGAAACCACUGGCUAAGAAAACAAGUGGUUACACUAAGCAUGAAGUUUACAUGGAAUGUACAGUUAGCUCCAACCUCGCGCAAGUUUCGUGGUACAAAGGAAAAACGAAGUUGGAGGAGGGCGAUACGUACAGUAUGUCGAAGGACAUGAACGGCGUUUGUCGAUUAACCAUAAAGAGCGCUACGCUUGAAGAUAGCGGCGAGUACAUUUGUAAGAUUAACAAACAAACCGACAAGACUGAAACGGUUCUAACUAUAGUUGAGUAUCCUUAUAAGUUCGUAAAGGUGCUCAAGUCCCAGCAGAUCGUAGAAAAGGAAACGUUAACGCUCGUCUGCGAGUUGGAUGACGCUGGUGGCGAAGUGAAAUGGUUCAGAGGUGACCAGGAGAUUGUACCUGACAAGAGGGUACAGAUCAAGGAAGAGGGCAGAAAGAGGAAGCUCAUCAUCAAGGAUGUAAAAGUCACAGAUGCCGGUCAAUACUCGUGCGUGAGCAACGCUGACAAGACUGAAGCCGAAAUAGUUAUAAACUAUGCGAACCGAUUCAACAAGAAGUUGAAGGACACGGUGGCAGUGGAAAGAGAAAAAUUGGUACUGGAUGUGGAACUUCAAGAUCAGACCGCACCUGCCAUCUUCUUGUUUAAUGGCCAAAAGAUCGAACCCAGUGAGAGGAUCGAGAUCAAGAACUUGGGUGGUGGCAAGCAUCAACUAAUCUUCAAUAGACUAGAAAUGAGCGACGAUGGUGAAAUUACAUGUGAGAGCGGACAAUUAACGAGCAGCUGUAAACUGACGGUGAAAAAGGGCGAGAGUAAACCGAUCGUUGAAAUCCCCGAUAAGGUCGAAGGUCCUUGCAGCCAACCGCUUGUGUUCGUUGUUCCUUACAAGAUCGAAGGAACGAAACAGAGCCAGGUAGAAGCUAAACUGAUGAAAGACGGCAAACCAUUGCCGUUGAAGGAUGUAGAAAUAGUUGUAGGCGAAGACAAGAUCACGUUCAAGAUCAAGAAACCUUCUCAUGACCAAUCUGGAAUUUAUCAAGUAAAGAUUGGCAACAGCCAAGGAGAGGAAGUCCGUGAUGUGAAUAUUAAUAUGCAAGAUGUGCCAGCUCCGCCUACGGACGUUGACGUUACCGAGAUCUUCCAAGACUCUUGCGUGGUGUCUUUCAAACCAUCGAAAGACGACGGUGGAUCACCAAUCACGCAAUACGUGAUCGAACGUCUCGACCUCAGCAAGAAGGCACAAUGGGACAGUGUCGGCGAAGUUAUGCCUGGCGAGAAAUGCGUUUACAAAGUCAAAGACCUUGUAGCGAAAAAAGAAUACAAAUUCCGUAUCAGAGCGGUGAACAAACUUGGCUCCAGCGAACCCGCGAUGUUCGCCAAACCAGUACUCGCGAAAGAUCCAUGGGACGAGCCAGGUAAACCGACGGACGUGGAGGUGGUGGACUGGGACAAAGAUCACGCCGACUUGAAGUGGACGAAACCAGAAAGCGAUGGCGGAGCACCGAUCACGGGCUACAUAAUCGAGUACAAAGAGAAGUUCGGUAAAGAAUGGGUGAAGGGCAAAGAAAUCGAAGGAGACGUAACAGCAGCUACCAUCGACGGUCUGAAGGAAGGCACCCAAUACGAAUUCAGAAUCAGAGCCGUGAACAAGGCCGGACCUGGUGCACCUUCAGACGCUACGAAACCAAUUAUCGCCAAAUCCCGAUUCGUCAAACCGUACAUAGUUGGCGAUGGUUUGACCAAUCUCAUCAUAAAGAAAGGACAAGUUAUCAAAUACGAUAUUAAAUAUGCCGGUGAACCCGAGCCGGAAGUCCAUUGGUUCCUUGGACAAAAAGAAAUUGUUCAAGAUGCAGCGGAAAGAAUCACGAUCGAUAAAUAUGAAAGGAACACGGUGCUUACUGUUAGAAAAACGACUAGACCAGAUUCAGGCAAAUACAAGCUGGUUCUGACCAACAGUUCUGGAACCUGCGAGAGCAUCGGUGACGUUGUUGUACUCGACAAGCCGUCGAAACCAACUGGUCCGCUGAAAGUGGAAGAAGUCCGAUCCGAUCACAUAACAGUGAAGUGGCAAAAGCCGGAAGACAAUGGCGGUACCGAUAUUACCGGUUACGUUUUGGAAAAGAUGGAUAUGGACACUGGACGAUGGAUCCCUGCCGGAGAAGUCGGACCAAACGAUUACUCCUUCACCUUCGGUGGCUUGACUCCGAAGAAGAAAUACAAAUUCCGCGUGAAAGCUGUGAACAAGGAAGGUGAAUCCGAGCCACUGGAAGUCGACGAAGCUAUUCUUGCCAAGAAUCCAUAUGAUGAGCCCAGCAAACCUGGCAAACCAGAAAUCUUCGAUUACGACAACGUUAGCGUAUCCUUGAAAUGGCAGAAGCCUGAGAGCGACGGUGGCAGACCAAUCACUCACUACACUGUUGAGAUGAAAGACAAAUUUGCGGUGGAUUGGGUCGAGGUAACGAAAACCGCUGACGCCACUCCGGAAGUGAAGGUCGAAGGCCUGAAAGAGAAAAUGAUUUACCAAUUCCGAGUUCGUGCUCAUAAUAAAGCAGGCGCGAGUGAACCCAGCGAACCUACCGACAACCACCUCUGCAAACACAAGAACCUUAAACCAAGAAUCGACAGAACCAACUUCAAAUCCGUAAUCAUCAAGGCGGGUCGUACGCACAAAUGGUCUGUGGACAUCACCGGAGAGCCACCACCAGAAAUUAAAUGGAUUUGGAGGGAUAACAUCCCUCUAACCAACACGGAACGCAUCAAGAUCGAUAACGUCGAUUAUCACACAGACUUUACGAUCGUGAACGCGAUGCGCAAAGACACCGGAAAAUACACUCUCAAAGUGGAGAACGCUAACGGAACGGACGAAGAGACUGUCGAACUUACAGUUCUCGGCAAGCCAGAAGCACCGAAGGGUCCGUUAGAAGUGACGGACAUUACAGCAACCUCGGCCAAGGUGAAAUGGGAGAAACCAGAAGACGAUGGCGGUGUCCCGAUCAAAGAAUACGAGAUCGAAAAAUUGGACACGAAAACUGGCAAAUGGGUCAGAGUGGGAAAAGUUCCAGGCAAUGCACCGAAUACGGAAUUCGAGGUAACUGGAUUAAAUCCAGGAGGCGAGUACAAAUUCCGCGUUACAGCUGUCAACGACGAAGGUGAUUCCGAACCACUUGAGAGCGAACGUCCGAUCAUCGCCAGAAAUCCAUAUGACGAACCACAUAAACCUGGAACACCUGAGAUAACCGACUACGACAAUGAAUCCAUAAGUUUGAAAUGGACUGCUCCGGAUUUCGAUGGUGGUGCACCGAUCGAGAAGUAUAUUAUCGAGAAGAAAGAUCGUUAUAAACCAGACUGGGAAAAAGCGAUGGAGGUACCUGGAAGUCAACUGGAGGCCAAGGUAGGCGAUCUGAAGGAGCGAGGAGAAUAUCAAUUCAGGAUUAUUGCUGUAAACAAAGCCGGACCAUCUCCGCCAUCAGACGCCUCGAAGAUGCAGAUAUGCAAACACAAAUCCCUGAAACCAAGAAUCGAUCGUACAAACUUGAAGCCUAUCACCGUACGAGCUGGCAAACCAAUCAAAUACGACGUGGACGUUCGCGGUGAACCACCUCCAGAAAUCACCUGGUAUCACAAGAACCAAGAAGUUAAAACUGGUGAAAAUAUCGAAAUCGUCAAUGUCGAUUACAACACGAAACUUAGUAUUACCGACAGCGUACGUAAAAAUACUGGAGUGUGGAAGAUCAAGGCUGUAAACGCACACGGUGAAGACGAAGCCGAGGUCGAAAUUACCAUACUUUCGUCUCCUGGAAAACCAGAGGGUCCUCUGAAAGUGUCCGAUGUCACAAAGAGCGGUUGCAAAUUGAAAUGGGGAAAACCAGAAGACGAUGGUGGUAAACCUAUUACUGGGUAUGUAGUGGAGAAACUGGACAAAUCCACCGGAAGAUGGAUCCCGGUUGGACGCACUUCAGAUACCGAAAUGGACGUUAAAGGCCUCCAAGAAGGCCACGAAUAUGAAUUCCGAGUGAAAGCAGUUAACGAAGAAGGCGAAUCAGAACCAUUGGUCACUGAUAGCACGACCCUUGCAAAGAAUCCUUAUGACGUAUCUAGUAAGCCUGGUGUACCAGAGUUGGAAGAUUGGGACGUGGAUCGUGUCGAUCUGAAAUGGGAACCGCCAAAAGAUACGGGAGGUGCACCUAUUACGGGUUACAUAAUAGAAAUGAAAGAGAAACCAUCGACAAAUUGGGUAGAAGCUACGGUAACUCAAUCACCGCAACCAAAGGGGCGCGUCACAGGCCUUAAAAAGGGCUCUGUUUAUCAAUUCCGUGUGCGUGCCGUUAACAAAGCUGGACCAUCCGAACCAAGCGACUCAACCAAGCCACAUGUUGCAAAGGCGCGAUUCUUGAAACCACACAUCAACCGUGACAAAUUGCAAACGAUCAAAGUGAGAGCCGGCCAAACGGUGAAACUGGAAGUCGACAUCGAAGGUGAACCACCACCAACCGUCACCUGGAGCUUCGGUGGUGCAGAGCUGCAAACCGGAGCCAACGUGAAAAUCGAUAACGAAGAUUACCUGACAAAGAUUCAGUUGACCAACACUAGUCGCAAGCUCAGUGGCAAAUACACCAUCAAAGCUGUGAACGAUUCCGGACAGGACGAGGCUGACGUUGAAAUUACGAUUCUCGAUAAGCCUGGAAAACCAGAAGGUCCGUUGGAAGUGACAGAUAUUCACAAGGAGGGAUGCAAAUUAAAGUGGAACAAACCGAGAGACGACGGUGGUUUGCCACUGUCUAAUUACUUGGUGGAGAAAAUGGAUACAACUACAGGUCGAUGGGUAUCGGCUGGGAUGGUUGAUCCUGAAAAAACAGAGCUCACUCUUACCGGUUUGGAACCUGGAAAGAGAUACGAAUUCCGCGUCAAGGCUGUAAACGAGGAAGGAGAAUCCGAACCUUUGCAGACAGAUGUUCCCAUCGUCGCUAAAAAUCCUUAUGAUCCACCUGCUCCGCCUGGUCUACCAGAGAUCAUCGAUUGGGCCGAGAACAUGGUGAAACUGAAGUGGGAGCCGCCAAUUCGAGACGGCGGUGCACCUAUCACAGGAUACAUAAUCGAAAUGAAAGACAAGUUUGGUACCGCUUUUGUAAAAGCUGCAGAGGUCGAUGGUCCAGUUUGUACAGGAACAGUGACCCGACUAGAGGAAGGAAAUCAAUAUCAGUUCAGAGUUCGAGCAGUAAAUAAGGCCGGUCCUGGUGAACCUAGCGAGGCUACCAAUCCUCACACUGCUAAGGCUCGUUGGCUGAAACCAUUCAUCGAUCGUACCAAUUUGCAACCGAUAACUGUAAAAGUUGGUCUCACCGUAACCUUGGACGUGAAUAUCAUUGGUGAGCCACCACCAAAUGUAACUUGGUACUUUAAAGAGACAGAACUUAAGUCGGACGAUACGAUCCGUAUCGACAACAUUGACUACAAUAGCAAAUUCUUCAUCCUGAAGACUAAGAGGGCUCAUACCGGAAAAUACGUAAUUAAAGCAAAGAACGAAGUAGGCGAGGACAGUGCCGAUGUCGAAAUAAUCGUCAUCGGUAAACCAAGCAAACCAAAAGGUCCUCUCGAAAUCUCCGACGUGAAUAAACACGGUUGCAAAUUGAAAUGGGAGAAACCCGACGACGACGGCGGUGUGCCAGUCGAAUACUAUGAGAUCGAGAAGUUGGAUCCUCUUACCGGACAAUGGAUUCCUUGUGCGAAAUCCGUGGAACCGGAAGUUACGGUAACCGGACUCCAGGAAGGCAAACCGUACAAAUUCCGUGUGAAAGCGGUAAAUCGCGAAGGUGAAUCCGACGACUUGGAAGCGGACAAGUCUAUCAUAGCUAAAAAUCCGUUCGACGAGCCUGGCAAACCUGGUCGUCCAGAAAUCAGAAACUGGGACAAGGACUUCGUUGACCUUGAAUGGACAGCACCGAAAGACGACGGCGGUGCUCCAAUUGAGAAAUAUAUUGUACAGAUGAGAGACAAAGAAGGAAGGCAAUGGAUAGACGUUGCUAAUGUUCUUGGAGAUCGCACUACUGCCAAGGUCACCGAUGGCAUCCAGGAAGGUCACGAAUACGAGUUCAGAAUAGUUGCUGUCAAUAGAGCCGGACCCGGUGAACCCAGCGAUACCUCGAAGAGCGUUGUGGCUAAGCCGCGAUUCUUGGCACCACGUAUCGAUCGCAAAAACCUACAGAAGAAGAUUAUGCGAACGGGACAAAUGUUACGAAUCGAAGCAGAUAUACAAGGUGAACCACCACCAGUCAUUACUUGGAAGCUCAAGGACGCUGUGCUUAAGAGCAUGGACCGUCUUAAGAUCGAAAAUGAAGACUAUCACACCACCUUCAUUAUAAGCAAAUUACAGAGAUCGGAUGCUGGAACUUACACUGUUAUUGCCAAGAACGACAGCGGCACCGAUCAAGUCGAUGUCGAGCUCCAGGUAUUGAGCAAACCUGGCAAACCAAAAGGACCGCUCGAGGUGUCAGACGUGACCGCAGAGGGAUGCAAAUUGAAAUGGGACAAACCCGACGACGACGGUGGCGAGCCAGUCGAUCAUUAUGUCAUCGAAAGGAUGGACGUUGAUACCGGAAGGUGGGUACCUUGUGGCACGAGCAAGACUCCAGAAGCAGAAAUCACCGGCCUCAACGAAGGCAAAGACUACAUGUUCCGCGUGAAGGCUGUCAAUUCCGAAGGUGAAUCCGAACCAUUGGAGACGGCGAUUCCAACCACUGCCAAGAACCCUUACACCGAGCCAGACGCCCCAGGCAAGCCGGAUCUAAAGGAUUGGUCGAAGCACCACGUAGACCUAAAGUGGAAAGCGCCAAAGAAGGAUGGCGGUGCGCCGAUCGAGAAGUACAUCAUCGAAAAGAAAGAUCAAUACGGCAAAUGGCAGAAGGCGGCUGAAGUUCCUGGAAACAAAACAGAAGGCAGAGUCGAGGAUCUCGUCGAAGGACAGAAGUAUCAGUUCCGUGUGAAAGCGGUGAACAAAGGUGGUCAGAGCAAACCCAGUGAACCAAGCGACAGUCUAGUAGCCAAGGAUCGUUACGCAGCGCCGAAGAUCGAUCGUACCAACUUGAAAGAUCUAACGAUAAAAGCUGGCACUCACAUUCGAUUAGACGUGAAAGUUACCGGUGAACCACCUCCAACGAAAACAUGGUUCUUGAACAAAGCCAAACAGGAGUCUGCCGGCGCGGUGACCAUCGAAUUGGAAGAUUACAAAACCAAGUUCUUGGUAUCGUCCGCUAGCAGAGCUCACACUGGCACCUUGACGCUGAAAGCAGAGAACAGCUCUGGAAAAGAUGAAGCGUCGAUCGAGAUUUUGGUCUUGGACAAACCUAGCAAACCAGAAGGCCCGCUUAAAGUAUCCGACGUGCACAAAGAAGGAUGCACACUGAAAUGGAGUCCACCCCUGGAUGAUGGUGGCACACCGCUGGAUCAUUACGUGGUCGAAAAAAUGGACACGGAAACAGGAAGGUGGAUUCCAGUGGGACGCACGAAGGAACCUACUAUGGUAGUGGAAAACUUGGUACCUGGUCAGGAAUACAAGUUCCGAGUUAGCGCUGUGAAUGCUGAAGGCGAAUCGGAACCUUUGGAAACUGAACACGGAAUCGUAGCCAAGAAUCCCUUCGACGAACCUGGGCCGCCUGGUCGACCAGAGGCAACCGAUUGGGACAAGGAUCACAUAGACCUAAGAUGGACUCCACCCUUAACCGAUGGUGGAUCUCCAAUCACUGGAUACAUAAUUGAGAAGCGCGAGAAAGACAGUCCACGAUGGAUAAAGGCUUGCGAAACCGGACCUGAUUGCAAAGGACGCGUCGAUAAUCUCGACGAGGGUGUCGAGUAUGAGUUCCGCGUGAAAGCUGUUAACAUUGCUGGUCCCGGUGAACCAUCCGAAACCAGCAAACCGAUUACAGCCAAGAGUCGACGACUUGCACCUAAGAUCGACAGAAAGAACUUACGCGACAUCACAGUACGCGAGAACGAAGGAUUCCACUUCGACGUGAAAAUCAUCGGUGAACCACCGCCAGAUGUUACAUGGGUUCUCAACAACAAGAGCAUUCAACAAACAACGUUCCGCAGGAUACAGAACGUUCCAUACAAUACCAAGUUCUUUAACGACAAACCCGAACGAAAAGACAGCGGCAUUUAUAAGAUCACAGCUGUCAAUCAGUAUGGAUCCGACACUGCGGAAGUCGAAGUCACCGUUGUCUCUAAACCUGCCAAACCAGAAGGACCACUGGAAGUGUCCGAUAUUCACGCAGAAGGAUGCACGCUCAAGUGGAAGAAACCAAAGGACGACGGUGGAGAACCCAUUGAGGGAUACCUCGUGGAGAAAUUCGAUCCAGACACUGGUGUUUGGUUACCAGUCGGCAAGACGACAGGGCCGGAAAUGAAGGUGGAAGGACUGACACCUGGACACGAAUACAAGUUCAGAGUGAAGGCGCUUAACAAAGAAGGAGAAUCGGAACCACUGGAAACAUUCAGCUCGAUUGUAGCGAAAGAUCCAUUCACUGUACCAAGUCCUCCUGGUGCGCCGGAACCAGUCGAUUGGACCGCCAACCAGGUUGAGCUUACAUGGAAAGAACCGGUCAGCGAUGGUGGAUCACCCAUUACCGGCUACAUCAUCGAAAAGAAAGACAAAUACAGUACAAUGUGGGAAAAGGCUUUGGAAAUCGAAGUACCGACCACGAAAGGUCUGGUUCACGGGCUCAUCGAGGGUAACGAUUAUCUGUUCCGCGUGAUAGCUGUGAACAAAGCCGGACAGUCAGAGCCCAGCGAUACCAGCAAGACGUUCACCGCUAAACCACGCUAUCUGGCACCCAAGAUCGAUCGGCGCAAUCUGCGUGACGUUACUCUGUCGGCUGGUUCGUUACUGAGAUUCGAUGCUAAUGUAAUCGGCGAGCCUCCACCACACAUCGAGUGGCGAUACGGAGCUAUUCCUCUGCAUUCCGAUAGGAAAGUGCAGAUAGACAAUUCCGAUUAUAGCACCAAAUUCAGCAUUCGUCCUGUGUCGCGCGACGACAGCGGCGAUUACAGUGUCACAGCCACCAAUUCCUCUGGAAGGGAUUCCGUCACCAUACAAGUCACAGUCACGGACAAACCAAUGCCACCGGAAGGUCCGCUUCAAGUAACGGAUGUUCACAAAGAGGGAUGCAAGUUGAAAUGGAAGAGACCGAAAGACGAUGGCGGCACCCCGAUCGAGUAUUAUCAAGUGGACAAAAUGGACCCAGAGACUGGAUGCUGGGUGCCUUGCGGCCGAUCUACCGAACCUAACCUGGAGGUAAGUGGACUGACACCGGGCAAAGAAUAUCUGUUCCGAGUUAGCGCGGUAAAUGCCGAGGGAGAGUCUAAACCUCUGGAAGCGGAACAAACGAUCAUAGCUAAGAAUCCAUUCGACGAACCAGAUAAACCAGGCGAUCUGCGUGUUACCGAUUGGGACAAGGACCACGUCGAUCUCGCAUGGACACCGCCAGCGAACGACGGUGGCUCGCCUAUUACUGGCUACAUAAUCGAGAAGAAAGACAAAUACGGCGAAUGGGAGAAGGCCAUAGAGGUACCAGCGGAUGAAACGUCAGCCACUGUCCCUGACUUGAUAGAAGGCCAGCCUUACGAGUUCCGCGUGCGAGCCGUAAACAAGGCUGGCCCUGGCGAACCUUCGGAUCCGACGCCAACGAUCAUUGCCAAACCGCGAAACCUUGCACCGAAGAUCGAUCGUACGAAUUUGGUAGAGGUCAGAAUCAAAGCUGGUCAGAACUUCAGCUUCGACGUGAAGGUUUCGGGUGAACCUCCUCCAACCACGAAAUGGAUGUUGGGAAAACGCGAGGUGCGACCGACAGAGCGUAUAAAAGUAAAACACGUGGAUUACAACACGACUCUCAGCGUCAGAAAUGCUACCAGAGCGGAAUCUGGAAGAUACACCAUCACUGCCGAGAAUAUAAAUGGCAUGGACGAAGCAGUUGUCAAGGUAACGGUUCUGGACAAACCGAGUCCACCUCAAGGACCGCUCAGAGCAUCUGACGUGCACGCGGAAGGAUGCAAAUUAUCGUGGAAACCACCGGAAGACGACGGUGGCCAACCAAUCGACAAAUACGUCGUGGAAAAGAUGGACGAAGCGACUGGUCGCUGGGUACCUGCAGGAGAGACGGACGGACCGCAGACCUCGUUGGAUGUUGAAGGGCUUACGCCAGGUCAUAAGUACAAGUUCAGAGUCCGCGCGGUUAAUAAGCAAGGCAAAUCAGAACCGCUCACGGCUAUGCAGGGCAUCGAAGCGAAGAAUCCAUUCGACGAGCCGGGAAAACCUGGCACUCCGACCGUCAGCGACUACGACUCGGACUUUGUCGAACUUCAAUGGGAUCGUCCGCAAGAAGAUGGUGGUUCACCUAUUACUGGUUACAUCAUAGAGAAACGAGACAAAUAUAGUCCUACCUGGGAGAAAUGCGCAGAAGUCGAGGGUGACGUAAAUCGUGGAAGAGUGCCCGAUCUCGUGGAGGGCACGCAUUAUGAAUUCCGCGUUAGGGCUGUUAACAAAGCUGGCCCCGGUGAACCCUCUGACGCUUCUAAAUCUCACUUGGCUCGACCUAAGAACCUUGCACCGAAGAUCGACAGGAAGUACAUGCUGGACGUAAAAGUAAAAGCCGGUGGCUUCUACGACUUCGACGUUCCUGUAAUCGGCGAACCGCCACCAACCAAACAAUGGUCGCUGAAGGGCACGGUACUCGUGCCAAGCGAUCGCAUCAAGAUCAUAAACGAAGACUACAACACCAAAGUUCGUGUGAUCGAAGCGAAACGUUCCGAUGCAGGCGUGUACACUCUGGAAGCGAAGAACAUCAACGGCAAAGACACUGCUACCUUAACUGUGAACGUCCUCGACAUUCCAGCACCACCGGAAGGACCUUUAAAGAUCGACAACGUGACAAAGAACGGUUGCGAUCUGAAAUGGCGCCCACCGAAAGACGAUGGUGGUUCAGAAAUUCUAUAUUACCAGGUGGAGAAAAUGGAUACAGAGAACAUGAGAUGGGUACCAGUAGCGGAAGCUUCCUCGACUUAUGCACACGUGGAUCACCUGAUCGAAGGCCACGACUAUCAGUUCCGUGUGCGUGCGGUAAACAAGCAAGGUGAAUCGUUGCCGCUCACUGGUAUGGAUACCAUUACUGCGAAAGAUCCCUACGACAAGCCUGACAAACCUGGAACACCUGUUGCCACUGAUUGGGACAAGGAUCACGUCGACUUGGAAUGGACACGACCGAAAAAAGAUGGUGGUUCACCUAUUACGGGAUAUAUCAUCGAAAAGAAACCUCGUUUUGGCACGUGGGAGAAGGCUUUGGAAAUCGAUGGAACUAAAACUAGCGCCAGGGUACCAGAUCUUGUUGAAGGACAAGAAUAUGAGUUUAGGGUCAUCGCUGUUAAUAAAGCUGGUCCUGGCGAGCCAUCCGAAGCUUCUUCCCCUAUCGUUGCAAAACCACGUUUCCUUGCUCCAUCCUUUGAUCCACAUGCACUGAGCGACUUGGUUGUUCGAGCUGGACAGAAGAUUAGCUACAUCAUCCCUAUCCAAGCAUCGCCUAAACCUACGGCCACUUGGACCCUGGACGGAGAGGUGAUUAUGGCCGACUCUCGCCAUGAAAUGUACACUACUCAUACCGAAACCACCUUUGAGAUUCCAUUCUCUGUUCGCUCUGACACUGGCCGUUACGCUCUCACUUUGGAGAACGAGCACGGGAAAUUCAGUUCAAGCGCCAGAGUCACCGUCCUCGAUAGGCCAUCACCACCACAGAAACCGCUCGAGAUCAGCAAAAUCACCAAGGAAGGUUGUCACUUGGCUUGGGGCCAUCCAUUGGACGAUGGUGGCAGCCCCAUAUUGCACUAUAUUAUCGAAAAAAUGGAUCUGUCGCGAGGCACUUGGUCCGAUGCUGGCAUGAGCACGAUAUUGAGCCACGAAGUAGCGCGACUGACGCAUCGCAAGGAGUAUCUCUUCCGUGUGAAAGCUGUCAAUACCAUUGGAGAAUCCGAUCCUCUCGAAGCACCAAAGAGUAUCAUCGCUAAGAAUUUGUUCGACGAACCCGACGCUCCUGGAAGACCACAGAUCACAGACUGGGACAGAGAUCACGUCGAUCUGCAAUGGCCAGCACCAAGCAGCGAUGGUGGUUCUCCCAUUACAGAAUACAUCGUUCAGAAGAAAGAAAAGGGUAGUCCAUACUGGGUCAACGCGGUUCACGUUCCACCAAAUCAGACAAAUACAACUGUUCCUGACUUAACGGAAGGACAAGAAUACGAAUUCCGUGUAAUUGCUGUUAACGCUGCUGGACAAUCAGAGCCAUCAGAGCCGAGCGAUCUCAUCACUGCCAAACCUCGUUACUUGGCUCCAAAGAUCAAGACGCCUUUGCAAGAUAUUCGAAUCAAGGCUGGUCUCAUCUUCCACGUCGACAUCGACUUCGUCGGUGAACCAACUCCGGAGGUUACCUGGACAGUUGGAAGUCGCGAUCUACUGACCACCGAUAGAACAACUGUUACGUCGAUCGGUUAUCACACCAUUGUUCACACUGUUAACGCUCAAAGAUCCGAUUCCGGAUUGUAUCACUUGUUGUUGAAGAAUAGCAGCGGAAUAGACGAAGGUAGCUUCCAAGUUAUCGUUCUCGACAGACCUGGCCCACCAGAAGGUCCUCUGCAGUACGAAGAAAUCACAAGCCAGUCGGUUACCUUGUCGUGGAAACCACCUAAAGAUAACGGUGGUAGCGAAAUCACUGGAUACGUAAUCGAGAAACGUGACUUGACCCAUGGUGGUGGCUGGGUACCAGCUGUCACUCACGUCAAUCCCAAGUAUAAUCACGCCACAGUACCGAGAUUGCUGGAAGGUACGACUUACGAAUUCAGGGUAUGCGCGGAGAAUCUUCAAGGCCGCUCAGAUCCUUUGACUACAGAUCACUCGAUCGUCGCCAAGAACCAAUUCGUUGUACCUGGACAACCUGGAAAGCCAGAAUGUGUCGACGCGGACAAAGACCACAUCAAGAUCAAAUGGUUGGCACCGAUCAGCAACGGUGGAUCGAAGAUCAUCGGUUACGACGUGGAACGACGCGAUCGUGCAACUGGCCGCUGGUUGAAAUUGACCAAAGAGCCAGCGAGAUAUGCUGAAUAUUAUGACGACCAUGUGACCGAAGGUCAUCAAUACGAAUACCGAGUAACUGCUAUAAACGCCGCUGGCGCGGGCAAACCUAGCGACACGUCCUCCGUAUUCAUCGCGAAACCGAUGAAAGAGAAACCGAAAUUGAAUUUGGACGCGCUGAUUGGACGCAAGAUCAAGGUGCGUGCCGGAGAACCCAUCAAUGUUAACAUUCCAUUGUCCGGAGCGCCAACUCCCACUAUCGAAUGGACCAAAGACUCGAGGCCUCUCCUCGAAACUCUUCGAAUAUCGACCGAAACCAAGAGCGAUCGCACGAAUUUGUUGGUCGAAAAAUCGGUCCGAGAAGAUGGCGGUAUUUACACAGUCACAGCGACGAACGAGCAUGGAAAAGAUUCAGCCGACAUCGAGGUUAUCGUGGUCGAUAGACCAGGACCACCUCAAGGUCCCCUACAAUACACUGGCACCACGCAGGAGUCUGUGUCCUUAUCCUGGAACAAACCUCUGGAUGAUGGUGGAUCCGACGUCACCAACUACAUCGUUGAGGUAUCUGAGUAUGGAGCCGAUAACUGGCGUCAAACACCAGGAUACUGUCCAAGAACAAGCUACACCGCCAAAGGUCUUACCGAGGGCAAGAAAUACGUAUUCAGAGUGCGAGCUGAAAAUAUGUACGGUGUGUCUGAACCACUGGAAGGCAAACCAGUCGUCGCCAAGAGUCCAUACGAUCCACCAGACGCACCUAGUCAACCCGAAAUCCUUGGAUACACACCCAACAGCUGUAGUCUUUUGUGGAAUCCACCACUCAAUACUGGUGGCAAGCCUAUUACCGGAUAUUACGUGGAAAGACGAGAACGGGGUGGCGAAUGGCUCAAAGUCAACAACUAUCCAACUCCGAAUACGACAUUCACGGUGCAAGAUCUUCACGAAGGAUCUAAAUACGAAUUCAGAGUUAUUGCCGUCAAUGAAGCUGGACCUGGUAAACCCAGUAAACCGACUGAACCUAUUACUGCUGGACAUCAACGUUUGCGUCCUGAUGCUCCCGAACCACCGAAACCUGACAGGAUAACGAAAGAUUCUGUAACGUUGAGCUGGCGACCACCACGUAGCGACGGUGGUGCUAAGAUCAGAGGCUACAUUGUCCAAAUGAAGCAGAGAGGUCAGGACGAAUGGGACGACGUUAAUGGCGCUCUGAUACCGACCAACGUGUACACGGUACCGAAACUCACCGAAGGCGAGGAGUACCUCUUCAGAGUGAUCGCAGUGAACGAUGUCGGUAAUAGCGAUCCAAGCAGACCAAGUAAUCCCAUCGUUAUCGAGGAACAACCCAACAAACCUGUCAUGGACCUCGGAGGAGUUCGCGACAUCACUGUUCGCGCUGGUGAAGACUUCUCCAUUCACGUGCCUUACAUUGGCUUCCCCAAACCCACUGCCACAUGGUUUGCUAACGAUGUUAUCAAGGAUGAGACAGAUCCGCGUGUACAUCAACAAUUGGGCGACGACUAUGCUAGUCUUGUGGUAAAGAAUGCGAAACGUUCGGACGGUGGACAGUACCGUCUACAGUUACGCAACUCUUCCGGCUUCGACACCGCCACGGUGAACGUUAAGGUUCUGGACCGUCCAAAUCCACCUGUGAAUCUUCACGCUGAUGAAUUUGGAGGAGAUGCUCUCACGCUGUUCUGGAACCCACCGAAAGACAAUGGAGGCGCCGAUAUCACCAACUACGUCGUUGAGAGACGAGAAUCAAGGGGCACGUGGUCCAAGGUGAGCAGCUAUGUGACGACACCGUUCUGUCGAGUAAGGAAUCUAACAGUCGGAAACAUGUACGAAUUCCGCGUGAUGGCUGAAAAUCAAUACGGUACCUCGGAUCCUGUAACCACGAUGGAUCCGAUCAAGGCCAGGCAUCCAUUCGAUCCACCUGGAGCACCUGGAACUCCGAAAGGCGUUGAAACGACAGAGGAUAGCAUUACUAUUACUUGGACCAAACCUCGUCACGAUGGAGGUUCACCUAUCCUUGGUUAUGUCAUCGAGAAGCGUCUGUUGAGCGAAGACAAAUGGACGAAAGCCACACCAUCUCUCGUUCAUGAGACUACUUAUAGAGUAACUGGUCUGAUAGAAAAUCACGAUUAUGAAUUCCGCGUCGCGGCAGAGAAUGCUGCUGGACGAGGACCAUGGAGUUCCAACUCUGACGUGAUUAGAGCCAGUGCACCACCAUUCCCACCAAAGAUCACGUCCGACCUCAGCAUCCGUGACAUGACUGUGAUUGCCGGAGAACCGUUCACGAUAACCGUUCCUUACACAGCGAAUCCAAAACCAAGACCAAGCUGGUCCAUCAACGGCGAGGAGGUCCUUACAGGCGAAAGAAUCAAAUUCGAUACGACGGAUGUCGCCUCACAAUUCAUUAACAAGAAAGCCAAGAGAUCCGAUACUGGAACGUACACGAUCUACCUUACGAACACUGUCGGCACUGAUUCUGCUUCGUGCAAGGUUCUCGUUGUAGACAAACCAUCUCCACCGCAAGGACCACUUGAUAUUUCUGAUAUCACUCCUGAAACUUGCACGUUAUCUUGGAAACCUCCGUUCGACGAUGGUGGCUCACCCGUUACAAAUUACGUCGUUGAAAAACUGGAUCCGGCUGGCUAUUGGGUGAAACUCAGCAGUUUUGUAAGAAACACUCAUUACGACGUAAUCGGUCUUGAACCCAACCGUACGUAUAACUUCCGUGUCCGUGCGGAGAACCAGUACGGAAUAUCGGAACCAUUGCAAGCUGAUGAACCGAUUACCGCGAAAUUCCCAUUCACGGUGCCCGAACCUCCUGGACAACCACGUGUUAUCGAUUGGGAUACGUCGAACGCGACCGUUGUAUGGACCCGUCCAAUAUCCGAUGGUGGAUCUCGUAUUCAGGGUUACAAGAUCGAAUUCCGCGAUCCUGCGGACGAUGCCACAUGGAGAGUGGCGAACGACUACCUGGUCAAAGACACCACCUACAUUUGUUACAAUUUACUGAGCGGACACGAAUACGAGUUUAGAAUACGCGCAAAGAACGCAGCUGGCUUCAGCAAACCUAGCGCGCCAUCGGCACCGUUCAAACUGAAGAGCAAAUUCAACGUGCCUUCACCACCAGGCACGCCACAGGUCGUGAAGGUUGGCAAGAACUACGUCGAUCUCAAGUGGGAAGCUCCGAUUUCCGACGGAGGCAGCCGCAUUACCGGUUACGUGAUCGAGAAACGCGAAGUCGGAAGCGCGCUUUGGGCAAAAUGCAACGAAUACAACGUCACCGACACAGAGUACACUGUUCUACAUCUGAUCGAACGGGGAGAUUACGAAUUCCGAAUCUUCGCGGUGAACGCUGCGGGAAGAUCCGAACCAAGUUCCUGCACCACGCCCGUCAAGAUCUGCGAGGUGGAAGGUGGCGAGAAGCCAGAAUUCGUCAGAACUCUGCCAAUCAGCACGAACGUACCGCUCGGCAAAACUCUGGUCCUCGAAUGCGAGGCCACGGGAAAACCACAACCGACCGCAAGGUGGCUGAAGAAUGGCAGAGAGAUCACGAUCGGCGGUCGUUUCCGCACGGAAGCGUUCGACGGAAUCUACAGGCUCGUCAUAUCCGAAGUCACGGACGCAGACGACGGCGACUACAGCUGUCAGAUCUCAAAUCCACUGGGUCUGGCUACGACUACAGGUCGAUUAAAGAUCGGUUCCCCGCCUCGUAUCGAGCGCAUGCCAGAUACCCUGUACCUGGCUGAAAACGACAACACGAAGAUCAAGAUCUACUACAGUGGCGACCAACCGAUGGAUAUUACUCUAAAGAAAGACGGUCGCAAGGUGGUGGAAACGAGUCACAUCAAGUACACCGUGUUCGACGAAUACCUCAUCAUCUUCAUCAAGGACAUUCAGAAAGACGAUGCUGGAGUAUACGAUCUUUCGAUCUCGAACGACAGCGGUAGCGUCAGUGGUUCGUUCAACGUGUACAUUACUGGACUACCUGGACCACCGACCGAACCUCUCGACGUCACAGAUAUCGAUAAACACACUUGCACUCUGACCUGGCGACCUCCUAAGUACGACGGUGGUCUUCGCGUCACUCAUUACGUCGUCGAACGUCGCGACGUCAGUCACACUCACUGGAUCAUCGUUUCCUCCUUCUGCAAGGAUUGUUCCUUCAUGGUACAAGGUCUGACCGAAGGACAAGAGUACCUGUUCCGCGUGAUGGCCGUAAACGACAACGGAAUGGGACCUCCGCUGGAGGGAACCAAUCCUAUCAAGGCCAAGGCGCCAUUCGAUCCUCCUGGCCCUCCAGGAACGCCAAAGGUCACCGAGGUUGGCGGAGACUUCGUAAAUCUCUCGUGGGAGAAACCAGAAUCGGACGGUGGCUCGAAGAUACAAGGCUACUGGAUCGACAAGCGCGAAGUCGGCAGCCAAGCCUGGCAGCGCGUGAACGUCGUUAUUUGUCUACCCACUCAAAUCAACAUCAGCAACCUGAUCGAAGGAAGGCAAUACGAGUUCCGUGUGUUCGCUCAAAACGCUGCUGGUCUCGGACCAGAAUCGAAGGCCUCGACUUCCGUGAAGAUCACCGACCCUCAGGCAGCCAAAGCUCCGGAAGUGAUUCUACCUUUGCACAAGGUCAGCUGCGUGCAGAACCACAAUGCUCACUUCCAGUGCAAGAUCGUUGGUAUCCCAAAACCCACUAUCACGUGGUUCAAGGGAGCUCGCGAGAUCGUCAGUGGAUCUCGAUACAACAUAUAUUCGGAGGGCGACACGCACAACCUGAUCAUCCACGAUGUGUUUGGAGAGGACGCGGAUGAAUACGUCUGCCGCGCUGUGAACAAAUGCGGCGUCAAAUCGACUAAGGGCGAACUUCUGAUCAAGACACCACCGAAAUUGAACGUACCGCCGAGGUUCAGAGACACCGCAUUCUUCGACAAAGGUGUCAACGUGGUUAUAAAGAUUCCAUUCACCGGAUAUCCGAAACCAAAGAUCACCUGGGUCAGAGAAGGAGAGACGAUCGAAUCUGGCGGACACUACACCGUGGAGGUGAAGGAAAGACACGCUGUUCUUACCAUCAUAGAUGGUAGCCGUAUCGAUUCAGGACCUUAUCGAAUCACUGCUGAGAACGACAUGGGUCAAGACACAGCGAUCAUCAAGAUCCAAAUCAGCGACAGACCAGAUCCUCCGAGAUUCCCACAGGUGGACAAUAUUGGUCACGACUCGUUGGCUCUGACCUGGAAACCACCAGUUUGGGACGGUGGUAGCAACAUCACUAAUUACCUUGUCGAAAAACGCGAACAUCCGAUGACCAGCUGGAUCAGAGUCGGCAACACCAGAUUCUGCUCUAUGGCGGUUACUGGCCUCAGUCCUGGACAUCAAUACGACUUCCGAAUUUGCGCUGAGAACAUUUACGGAAGAUCUGACCCGAGUGAAGUCACGCCGUUGAUCACGACAAAGGGAACGAUCAAGAGGGAAUUCAAACAGAAAGAAUACAAGGUGGAUGAGACGGGCAAGAAGAUCCGCGGACGAAGCGACGAGAAGCCACGAGAUUACGAUCAAUUCGUGUUCGAUAUCUAUAGCAAAUACGUUCCACAGCCGGUUGAAAUUAAACACAUCUCGGUGUAUGACAGAUACGAUAUUCUUGAAGAGAUUGGAACUGGCGCGUUUGGUGUGGUCCAUCGUUGUCGCGAGAGAGCUACUGGAAACAUAUUCGCGGCUAAGUUUAUCCCUGUGUCUCAUGCAAUGGAAAAGGAACUUAUCAGGAAGGAAAUCGAUAUAAUGAAUCAACUGCAUCAUCCCAAGUUGAUCAAUCUUCAUGACGCGUUCGAGGACGAUGACGAGAUGGUCUUGAUCUUCGAGUUCUUGUCCGGUGGUGAACUCUUCGAGAGAAUCACAGCGGAAGGUUACACUAUGUCCGAGGCUGAAGUUAUCAACUAUAUGAGACAGAUCUGCGAAGCUGUGAAACAUAUGCACGAGAAAAAUAUUAUACAUCUAGACAUCAAACCUGAGAACAUCAUGUGCCAGACACGCAACAGCACCAAUGUCAAACUGAUCGAUUUUGGUUUAGCUACGAAGCUCGAUCCUAACGAAGUGGUGAAGAUCAGUACCGGCACUGCAGAAUUUGCUGCGCCUGAAAUCGUCGAACGCGAACCUGUUGGUUUCUACACGGACAUGUGGGCUUGCGGUGUUCUGGCCUACGUUUUAUUGAGCGGACUUUCGCCGUUUGCCGGAGACAACGACAUCGAAACUCUGAAGAACGUUAAGGCCUGCGACUGGGACUUUGACGAAGAAGCGUUCCGCGACGUCUCCGAAGAAGGCAAGGACUUCAUUAGGCGGUUGCUCGUCAAGAACAAAGAGAAACGUAUGACUGCCCAUGAAUGUCUCCUUCAUCCAUGGUUAACCGGUGAUCACAGCAACCGUACAACACCAAUUGCAACCAGUCGAUACCUGAACUUCAGAGACAGACUGCGAGCCAAAUACGAGAACUGGGACAAAUACGUUCUUCCUAUUGGACGGCUAGCCGAAUAUUCUUCGCUCAGAAAAUUGUUGAUCGAAAAGUACAAGAUCUACGAUUCCUCGUUCGAUCGGCGACAAGCGGCGCCUAGAUUCGUCAUUAAACCGACGAGUGCGUUUGCCUACGAAGGACAGAGCGUGAAGUUCACGUGUCGCGUAAUCGCGAUCGCCUCUCCCACUCUCACGUGGUUCCACAACAAUCAGGAACUCAGACAAUCCGUGAAAUUCAUGAAACGAUAUCACGGCGAUGAUUACACGUUCAUCAUCAACAGAGUGAAACUAGAGGACAGAGGAGAGUACGUGAUCAGGGCAGAGAAUCAUUACGGCUACAGAGAAGAGGUCGUUUUCCUGAACGUGCAACCGCUACCUAAGGAGAUUCCAAAAUACAGACCAGAACUGCAUCCAGUCCGAAGGAGAGAACCGCUCGGUUAUAAUGUCUGGUUGGAGACGAUCGAAUCGGCGCCAAGCUUCACCUUCCUCCUUCGACCACGUGUCAUUCAAGUCAGACAAACGUGCAAACUCCUUUGCUGUCUCGCUGGCAAUCCACCACCGACGGUGAAAUGGUACAAAGACAGGGAGGAGCUCUCCAAGCAUCACUACGCGAUGACAAACUCGGACGGUGUCGUCACGAUGGAAAUCAUCGACUGCAAACCGGAAGACAGCGGCAAAUAUCGUUGUAUCGCGACGAACAAACAUGGAAAGGAUGAAACCAGCUGCGUAGUCAUCGUUGAAGGCACUGGAGAAACAGAGGAGCAACUGAAAUUAGCGCACGACCUCCUACAUUCCGGAGAUCGAAAAUUCAUCGAGCAGCCGCUGAAACCAGCACCACCUCCGAUCAUAACGGUACACAAAGCCGGUGGAUACAGUGGAUACAGUUCCACUACCACACAGGGUCAUAAUUACAGUAGUUCUACCACCAACAAAUACAAUUCCUCGAGUUCAUCUUCCUAUAAAGCUACAGACUCCAGCACAGAGAAGCGAAAUACGAAGAAAUACGGACUCGAUAGCACCGGUAGUCCAUCUCGAUCUAGAAGUACGACAAAGGAAUUAAUCUAUCCUCCGGAUGACUCGAUGAGAGCACCGCAAUUCACGAAAAAAUUAAGCGAUCUUACUAUCAAUGAUGGAGAACAGCUGGAACUUAACGUAAACGUUGACGGUGAUCCAGAGCCACAAGUCACCUGGUCCAAGAAUGGCAAGACGCUGAGUUCGUCGGAAAUUAUGAGCUUGAAGUACAAAGGCGGAGUCGCGACUCUCGUUAUCAAUGAGGUAUUCCCCGAGGAUGAGGGUGAAUAUACUUGCCAAGCAAGCAAUAGCAUCGGCACCGUAACUACCUCCUGCAAAUUAACCGUGAAACCCAUGGCAAAUGCAGCCGCGAAGAAAAAGACCGAUGACAAGCCUCCAAAGAUCGUAGAUCACGUAACCAGCAUGUUCGUAAAGGAUGGCGAAGCCGUGACCUUGAGCUGUCGAAUAAUCGGCGCGAAGAAAUUCGACGUAAUCUGGCUUCACAACAACAAGGAAAUCAAACCUAGCAAGGACUUCCAGUACAGCAGCGAGGCUAAUAUCUAUAAACUGAACAUUGCCGAAAUCUUCCCUGAAGACUCUGGCACUUAUACCUGCGAGGCAUUCAAUGACGCAGGAGAGAGCUUCUCAUCGUGCACAUUAAACGUACUUGUUCCAAAUGAGGAACCGAAGAGUCCAGUCUUCACGACAUUCCCACAAUCUGCAACGGUAAGCGAAGGCGAAUCGGUUACAUUCGUAUGCAAGACUGAAACCGCGCCUCUGAAAGUAACGUGGUUGAAAGACGGAAAAGCGCUCCCAGAAUCUAGUAGCAGGUACCUCUUCAGUUCAGACGGUGACAAAUCGUUCGAGUUGCGUAUCAAAGCAUGUACAGCCAGCGACGUGGGUCAGUAUGUUGCUCGCGCGAUCGGCAAGAAGGGUGAGACCAAUGCUGCUUUCGCCCUGAACGUUACCAACGAAUAAUGAAAUCGUUGAUUUCGCGCGUGUCAAAACGCAACACGACAAGCUUCUAGAAUAUUAUCGGGAGGACAACAAUACGAGAAAAAAAAACUGUAAAAAUGAACUAUAUAAAUGUGCGACUUGAAAAUAAUCGCGGUCAUAGGCGACGUAACGCUCGUGUAUAAAAGAGAAAUUGGAAAACUAUUGUAUUCAUGCUAUUCUAUAUGUAAAUUACCUUACUUUUUGUGUGCUUAU